AUGGCUUCCCAAAUUCAUCAUCAUUCUAAACAAUUCAUUCUCAUUGUGUUAAUGUUCUCUCUAUUUUAUUUCACGGUUGAUUCGACUAGCCGUGUUGGAUGGUCGCCAAUCAGUAACCCCAAUAAACCGAAAUUUGUGGUGAUUGGAAAGUUCGCGGUAUCAGAGCACAACACUGAAGCCAAGACAAAUCUUACGUUCGUUAAUGUGGUGAAAGGAGACAUUGAAGUGACUGACGGUGCCGUUACCGUUACCGAAUAUCGCCUUGUGAUCGCAGCCAAAGAUGGAGGUGUCGUUAGUAAUUAUAAGGUCCUUGUUUCAGAGGAAGGAGAGUUUCAAUUACGUAAACUAAGUUAUUUUACCAAAUUGUAG